AUGGGAGGCGCUUACCAUGUCGGUGUUGAGGUCUACUGGCUCGAAUGGUCUUUCGGAUGGUGCGAAGAGGGAAGUGGCGUUUACAUGGUUUUUCCUGGGCAAAGUACGCUUGGUACCUUUCGUGAGCGAGUUCCGCUGGGAAGAACACCGCUUUCGCCAGAUGAGGUUUUUCGCGUCCUUGACAAAAUGCGGCAGGAGCUGCCCGGCUCCAACUAUGACCUGCUACGCUGUAACUGUGCGCACUUCAGCGUCUCCUUUGUCAAGCGAUUGCGAGUCAGCGAGGCACCUUCCUGGGUGAACUCUUUGGCGAACGUCGGCGAACACCUGGUUGGACAGCUCGGAAUGGCAGGUGCUCAGGCAGCGGCUGCAGCGGCAACCCCUGCCGAGUCGGACCGAGUGGCCCCCAGAUACGUGCAUUUUGGUGAUGAAGAGGAGCUCGAGGAUCUCGCGGGCGAUGGCGAUGAUCAGGCGAUGCGGGAGCUAGCCUGGCGGCGUGCCCAGGCCUUCGUUUCCGAAAAGUUGGCAGAAGCUGAGAGAGACGCCCGCUUGCUGGACUUGGCGAUGGAGCUCAAGUGGACUCCGACCACGGAAGACGUGGAACAGACGGCAGCGAGAGUCUCCGAAGUGCUGCAGGACCCCAGGCUGAUGCAAGCACUAGCAGAGGCCUCAGCUGCUGGGUUUGGCCUGCCUUGUCCGUUCCUCCGGGAGCAGGAGGCAGGCUGGUCACUUCUCGGAGACGAUUCUGAAGAAGAGCUCGAGGAGGAAGGCUGUUGCGGGAAUCUGGAAGUCCGCAAGUUGUUGAAGGGCCAAGGACGACUAGUCACCGUCAGAGUACGCCUUCGUGGUACGGCCCUGAACGAGAAGGGAGCUGCGCCGCCCUGGCGGGGUGUGAAUUUCCGGGAGGCCCUCCGUCUGGCCGUGGCACCCAAGCGAGGACUUUCGAUCCGUUGGCCGGCGGGGAUGCCACAGAUCAUUGCCAACAUGGAGAUUGUCACUUCUCCCGACCAAGCCCUCUUCGGAUCCAGGGUUGAGACGAGCUGCGGACCCUACGGUGGCAAGGUGCUGCAUGCAAAUGUCCGUCCCACUGCACCGGUGGCAUCGAAGCUCGUGGGCAAGAGGGCCGCACCGGCUCCGGUUCCAGCUCGGCGCCUUGAAGGGAGCGGGGAACUCCAGCGGUGGCAACGGGAACAGCAGGAGCUCUGGAACGCUCAGCGCGAGCAAAUGCCACGAUGGAGGUGGCAAGUCCAGCAGCUCCAGGUGAAGCCACGGGCAAUCGCUGCAGAGAGGCACGGCUUGAGUCCCCAAGAUCUACGUUUGUUGGACUUCGAGCCAGCUGGGGAGAAGGUGCAAGAGUCGCUUCUGAGACUACAAAAGAUUCAACAGUUAGACCGCAUGAGACGUGCUGCGCAUUUGGCGCCUCGACCGUGA